AUGAGCACAAACGCACAGAGGUUUCACAUAGUACUUAGUAGAGCAAAGGUUGGUAAAAGGCUUUACAGUAGUGAAGUCUUAAAACUAAAACGCAACCCUAACUUAGAUAAAAUAUAUACAGGAGAAAAACAAAACUUUAGCAAAGUACCAUUCAAAAAAGAAAAAAUUGAGGAUAUAAUUAAAGAGGUCAAAUUUGAAUAUUAUUAUUUUAGUGAAGGGAAAAAUAAUAAAUAUAAGGAUAUACCCCUGAACAUAGCUAUAAUAAAAGAAUCAGAAUUACCACCAUAUAAGCAAGUGGACGAAAAAUUGCAUUUUUCAGUUUUAGAAAAUGACUUGAAAAUUAUCUCGACCAACAAAAAUAACAGCGUAUGCUCCAUAGGACUUUACGUGAAAUGCGGAUCCAGGUACGAAGAAAUAAACGACAAGGUGAACGAACAAGGCAUGAGUGUAAUGAUUGAAAAUAUGGCUUUUCACAGCACUGCGCAUUUAUCUCACUUGAGAACAAUUAAGUCGUUGGAAAAAAUAGGAGCAAACGUAAGCUGUAACGCUUUUCGUGAGCACAUGGUAUAUACAUGUGAAUGUUUAAAGGAGUAUCUACCAGUAGUGACAAAUUUAUUAAUAGGAAAUGUAUUAUUUCCAAGAUUUUUAUCAUGGGAGAUGAAAAAUAAUGUAAAUCGAUUGAAUGUGAUUCGUAAAAAAUUAUUUGAAAAUAUUGAAAUGUAUAUAACAGAAUUACUACAUAAUACAGCAUGGCAUAAUAAUACAUUAGGUAAUAAGUUAUACGUAUGUGAAUCUAGUGUAGAGAAUUAUAAAUCUGAGAACAUAAGAAAUUUUAUGCUUAAACAUUUUUCCCCUAAAAAUAUGACAUUAAUAGGGGUAAAUGUAGAUCAUGAUGAAUUAACAAAAUGGACAUCUAGAGCUUUUCAAGAUUAUGUUUCUAUACCUUAUACAAAUCAAAAAGAAAUAACUCCUAAGUAUACAGGUGGUUUUAUAAGUGUAGAAGAUAAGAAUAUAAAGAAAACUAACAUUGCAAUAGCAUAUGAAACAAAAGGUGGAUGGAAAUCAUCAGAUAUGAUUACUUUAACUGUGUUACAAACGUUAAUGGGAGGAGGAGGUUCCUUCUCAACUGGAGGACCAGGAAAAGGAAUGUAUUCAAGACUAUUUUUAAAUGUUUUAAAUAAUUAUAAUUUUAUUGAAUCAUGUAUGGCUUUUAGUACUCAACAUUCAGAUACGGGUUUAUUCGGAUUAUAUUUUACAGGAGAACCAUCUAAUACUCUUGAUAUAAUAAAUGCAAUGGCUUUAGAAUUUCAAAAGAUGAACAAAGUAACUGAUGAAGAAUUAAAUAGAGCAAAAAAAAGUCUAAAAAGUUUUAUGUGGAUGAGCUUAGAGUAUAAAUCUAUUUUAAUGGAAGACCUAGCUAGACAAAUGAUGAUUUUAAAUCGAAUUCUUUCUGGAAAAGAAUUAUGUGAUGCUAUUGAUGCUGUAACAAAAGAUGAUAUAAACCGAGUUGUACGCUUAUUCAUUAAAUCGAAACCAACUGUUGUAGUUUAUGGAAACAUUAAUCAUGCCCCUCAUUAUGACGAAAUAUGCAAAAUUUUGGGAUAA